UAAAACUGUAAAUGUGACUUCCAAAAUAAGGGUCAAAAACCACCUCAGCCCGUGCUAAGUCGACUCAGACAAACUAAAUAUAACGCAACGAGUCGAUUCUCGUUAAUAGAUAUUGAGUUAGCGCUAGCUGGAGUAGUUUUUUGUAAUCAAUUUACAAUCUGUCGGAAAUUACAAUAUUACGUUAACAUAUACACAUUGACAUUAGGGAACAUGGUUGACGUUAUCAACCAAAUAACCACACAAAGCAAAAAUUUUACUAAAAACCAUAGCGUCAAAAUAUUAUAAAAAGUUAUAGUACUUUGUUAUAAUAUUUGAUUAUGAAUCCAUUACUAGCCGCGGUUGUCCCAGCUGUAGGAGUGACUGUUGGAUUGGCAACUCUAGAAGAUGUAAAGAUUAUGUUAAUGAAUCUAAAAAUACGUGGAAACUUAGAAGAAUUUUCUAAACCAAACCUUUUAUCUAGAAUUCAUAAAAUAUCUGUGCUUUGCGAUUUAAAGUGUUACCAUCGUGAACAGUUAGUUCCUGGCAUAACAAAAAUUUCAUUUCAAGUAACUUUUAAUGCUGGAGGUCAUGUACUUUUUGGUAUUUCUACAUUGGGUUUUUUAAGUUGUGUUGCUGAGAAUUCCGAAAAGCAUGAUAUAACCUUUGAUAAUGUAUCUGGCAUGUCUAUCGGACCAAACAUCAAUGAAAUACAAUCUUUUUAUAACAAUCAGUAUAACUUUAGCAUUAAUAAUUUAGACUUUUCUUUGGCAGAAAAGUACGCUAAAAUAAAAUAUCAUUUAGAUGAUCGCCGGCUUGGAACGAAUUAUGGAUUCAGGUCAGAUUUUAGGUAUAAGUAUGAGUGUCUUAAAAAAAUUAAUGAGAUAAUACAUUUAGUUUCCAAUAAGGACUUUGAAACAGCCUUAUACUAUAUUAGAAAAGAUGAUUAUGUUAUUGCUAUAUCAUUUAUAUGUAAAAAUUCCAAGAAAAAAUUUAUAACUAGUGUAGAAAAUUGUUGUAAAUUUAUGAUAACUCAUGUAGACAUAAACGAGAGCCAUUUCUUUGACCUGCUAAAUGAAUUGUAUGAUAAUUAUACACAAAACAUUGAUGAAACUAUUAAUAAAGCUAAUUAUUAUUUGCAAACUUUUCCUUUCGAAAGCUAUUAUUACAAAAAUUAUUUAAAUGAAAUAACAAAAAAUUUAAUUCUAUCUCAAAAUGGAAUUGAACAUUUAAAAAAUGGAAAUUUUAUUAGAGCUAAAUCUCAAUUCGACCAGAUUAAGGGAUGCUUUAAUGAAUAUAAAGAAUAUUCAAAUUUCUGUGGAAUUGCAAUAGCUAUUAUUAAUAAUUUAAGAAAUGAUAUAGCCAUAAAUGAAUCGCAUAUCCAAGAACUAAAUAUAUAUAAUUAUUUGAAAGGAGAUGCAAGAUUUAAGUUUAAGAAUUUACAUAAAGUCUGUACGAUUUUAAGUAAAGCGACCUUAAAUCGCGAGGAUACAUUCGAAUAUUAUUUCACAAACGUUAAAAUUUUUAAAGAAGCAAUUAAAAACAGCCGAUUUGAAUGUAUAGAUAUCAUUUUAAGUGAGAAACUUAACGAAAUUCAUCUAAAAGUUCCUGAGAUACUUGAAAUUCAUAAGGAAAAAGCCGAACAGAAUAUUAAAAAUAAUAAUUUUGAUGAAGCAGUAAAUGAUUAUGAAAAAUGUUAUAAAUUAGCUGAUGAACAUGAUUUAAAAAAUAAGAACGAAUACACUAAUCUCUUUAAAAAAAGUCAACACUAUAUUAAAGCAAAAGAAUUAUGGGAAAAAUCAUUAAAUUCAGAAAGUAAUGGAGAGAUUGAUAUAGCAAGAACUCAGUUAAUCGAUGCUCGAAAAGAAAUUAAUAGUUUUGAAAAAUAUUUUAAUGUUAAUGUAAAAACAAAUCUAAGUGAUAAAAUUGAGAAUAAAAUUACUGCUAAUAUUUUAAUAAAUGAAGGACUUUCGCUUUUAAAUCAAUCGGAAUUUACGAAGAGUUAUAAAUCAAUUAACGUUGGAUAUAAUUUUUUGAAAAAUUGUAAUGAAGAAUCACUUCAUAAUUCAAGUUAUUUAAUUGAACAAGUAUUAAAUAAUUUGCAAGCUAAAAUCGAUGAUGAUCAAUCUAAUAAAUUUAGAAAAGAAGAAGAAGUAUUUAUAAACAUACCAUAUCCUGUAGAGGAAACGGAAAAUAUGUAUUUAGAAUUAGAAAAAACAAUUCAACUUUGCGGUCCCAACAUCUUUUGUAAAACAUAAAUUCACUUUUUUUUUUUGACAAUUUUAUUAGAACCUUAUUUUUAACCAAUCUUUUAUCUAUGUUUUUAACUAUUCAUCUAGCGCUAAUAAUCUAGAAGAAGGUAUAAGAUCGACCUUCACCCAUCUGAUAACCAGGUGAUAAAUAUUUUUUGUUCAUACGUUAUGGACAAGUAAGUCUAUAUAGAUAUCGAAAUUGGCAGCAGAAGAAAGAUAAUAUGGUGUUAUCGUUAGUCAAAAAUAAAUCAUGAAAUUUGAAAAAAGCUAAAAUUUAUGUAAAAAUAUACUUAAAUAUUGUGAU